ACGGGAAGCAGACCGGGAUGCGUUCGUAAAAGGUGAUCAGUGAUAAGAAUUGCAAUUGAUUUUCGUUAUUGACAUGAUCAUCGUGCUGUUCCACGUUCUUUAUCUUCUCGGAAAGUUUGUAUAUCAAAACUAUAAUGUCAAUAAACGGAAGGGUAUAAAUGAUGCCGUGACCGAUACGAAGAAACGAUUCGAGAUUUCCGAAAGGGAUUACAUGAUGAAAGAUCCCGAAGCACCUCAAGAUUAUGAGGAAAAAUCAGUAAGAUUUUUCCCACCAGCGUAUCUGCAGAGGUACGUCGCCGUGAGCGAUGUACUCAACAGUCCGAAGUAUCAAGGAAAAUUACGCAAGGUCGUUGAUUUUGGGUGCGCUGAACUUGAUUUUUUAGUUUAUUUGAAAAACACACCCGGCAUAGAGGAAAUUCUAUGCGUGGAUAUUGAUAGAUCAAUUUUAGAAAGUCGAAAAGAAAAGGGUGCCCCAUUAAUUUCUGAAUAUAUACGUGCCAGAACAACACCUCUUCUAAUUGAAAUAUGCGAGGGCAGUGUUACUCACAAUGAUAAAAAGCUAGAAAAGACAGACGCCGUCGUUUGCAUAGAGUUGAUCGAACAUCUAUACCCGGACACUCUGAGAGACUUUCCUUAUAAUGUCUUUGGGUUCAUCAAACCAAAAGUAGCGAUAAUAACAACUCCAAAUGCAGAUUUCAAUGUGUUGUUUCCAAAUUUUUCUGGAUUCAGACAUCCUGAUCAUAAGUUUGAGUGGACUAGACAACAAUUUCAAGAGUGGGCAGAAGAUAUAGUUUCGAGGUACUCAGAUUAUGCAGUAACCUUUGAUGGCAUUUGCAACGGUCCUGAGGGCACAGAACAUUUAGGAGCUUGUUCACAAAUGGCGAUAUUUCAUCGUCUUAGCGAUUACAACGAUUGUUACGGUUUAAGUGUCGAAGGUUUAUUUAAAACUGUAACGGUAUACGAAUAUCCGUUCCACGUAGAUAAUCGGUCGGAUGAGCAGAAGAUUCUCGAUGAAGCUACAUAUUAUAUCCGACAGUUAUCCUAUCAAGAUGUCGAUAUGGAAGAAGAAGUACCAUUGGGGAAGCUGUUGGAUAUGUUAAAGUCCUUUCACAUUUCAAUAGAUGCAUUGCAAACAAUCUUAGAAGAAGCCGGUUGGUCGAUUGCGAGUCGCGAAUUCGGACCGGUUGUAUUGGUACCACCGCGUACAGUAUUUUCAGAUUACAGUGUGGCAGAAGGAGCACGUUGGUCCAGUGGUUACACUACCACGGAUGAAGAUGAUUGGGACGUAGAACCAGGAGCACCUGCGAAUUCGUUUAGAUACUUAGAAAGGGAGAUUUGGGACAAUGAAAACUGGGAUGAAGAACCAAGUAUCGUGAUCCCGCAGAAUAAUUCUAUCGUCGAGGACAAUACAUAUCUCUACGACGGAGAAAACGUGGUAUUAGAUAGUGUCUCUGAAACUAGGAGAGAUUUUGAACCUUUAGAAAAACAUACCGAAGUUAGCGGCAACGAGAAUCUAGAACUAAAUCCCUCGAUUUCUAGUAACACCGAUCGUAUGAGCGUAGACGAUCUAAACGAUUCAUUUAAUCAAAGCGUUCCAUCGGAUUUAAACGAAUCAGCGGUAUUAUCCGACUCUUCUUGCAGCAUGAAAUUGAAAGAUAUAAAGGAAUAUUCAUCUGGCGAUUUAAUACGCUCCCCGAGCACACGAGAGGCCGCGAUGUCGAGCAGCGCGCAGAAGCUCAGUCGCAUGUUAGAUUUUCAAGCGUAUAUGUCGACAUCUCGUGCGUCUACUUCGCCCGACCAGUAUCUUCUGCAAACUGUUAAAAUGAACCAGCAUUCGAAGAACGACAGCAUGUUAAAUGAAAGUAUGAGCGGUUAUUGGAUGUUAAAUAAUUCCUUCGAACAGAUGGACGUGUCUAAAGAGAAGAAGUCAUCGUCGACGAAUGACUUGGACGAUCAACAUAACAUACAUAGCAUAUAUUUAAACAAGUCGUACAAGGAAAGCGAAGAUUCUGGUUCUGAAACUGUAAAUAGCUGUACAAACGCGGGUACAAGUGUACAAGAUGAUAACCCCUUGAUGGAGGAUCAGUUCCAAUUAAACAGCAGCAUAUCUCUUACUACUAGUUCUAUAAUCGAUAAACAACCAAAGUUCACGAGUUCACCGAAAGUCGGGUUAAAGGUGAACACGACUAGUAAAAAACGGCGAUCCCUGAAUCCUUGCGAAGGUAGAGACAUCGACGAUUCGUCAAGUACAAUAAAGCGAUUUCAACUCACAAGACUCAGUAGCAAUAAUACAUUAGAAGGUAGUAGUGAAGCGUUUUUGCAUAAUAACGAUACUAAUACGCAUAUUACAUCAACGGUACCCUGUAGCGUCGUAGACGAACGGCACAAUGAAAACGAGGCUUCCACGUCCAAAGUGGUUGUCCAAACUUUAUCAGUCGACCACGAUGCGAUGGAUUAUUCUAAUGACGCUACGCUUACCGGGAGCAGUCUAUCGAUAGCAGAUUUCACAUGGAAUAACGAUAGUCGAUCGACAGAAGAGUCAUGUGUAACGAAUUGUUCAAGUAACAAUGCAAGUAUCAGCCACGCGCAGUCAAUGAAUUGUGAUAAUAAAAGAUUUCCGUUAGCUGAUCAGGAAUCUCUCGUUCACCAGGAAGAGAAUCGAAAGACUGAAAGGGUAUCAGAUUUACAAAAAUCUAUUUACGAGAAUGUAGAUAGUACAGAGAAUUCUCGUCCUUACGCCAAAGACGUUGCUAACUUAAGAAAUAUAUCCCUUGUGUUCAGCGGACCCACGGGGAACGUUCAAUCCACAUCAGUAUUAAAAAACGCGAAACAAGACGAGUGUACUGUGGAAAAAGGAAAAGAUACAAAUGCACCGGCAGAAGGCCCAGAGGCGCAGCCUAUUUCACCGGAAGCGGUGGAAACACCACCGAACAGUUGGUCGCCGGAAGUGAUGGAUUCUGGCUACCCGAACUCCGCUUCUGCUCAAGACAUGACCCCGGAAUACGACCUAUCGAGUAUCGCGCAAGACCAUAUAUCCGAUUCUGAGCCGCCUAGCAUCGCAGAGGCGCCUAGACUCGGAGUCCACGAAGUGGUCGAGGUCGAGAACGGCGAUCUGGCGAACAACAAUAGAGACGGGGAGGGUAACAACAUGAUGCCGGCGCAGUUAAACGAACUGGAGGAUCUGCAGCCAUUAAUCGACGUGCUGGAAAAUGACAUAGAGAACGAGAAUGACAUUUACGCGUUGGAGAAUGAUUUUCCGAUGUGGCUGCUGAGAAUUCUGGACAUGGCCAAUCCUGUUGAAAUGCAAAUCAGAGACCGUAGGGAUCCGAGGUUUCCGGAAAGAGCAGAAGGAGACGCCAGGUAUAGAAACGUCGAGCACGACGAGGGUUUCGACAGUAGUUCUGAAGAAGGCAUGGAUCUAGAACAGAACGAGAUCGUCGACGAUGACAACAGUGAUGUGAAUGAGAACCCGGCGGUGGACAGUGAGAACGCGUCGAAUAGUGAUACAGGAAGUGAGAGAUGGCCGACAGGCGACACGUGAUACCGUUGAGAAGUAAUUAUAUUACGUAGACAGGUUCCCACAUAUCGCCUCUAAUACGGAUACGUUCGCGAGUCGUCGGAUAAGGAGAGUACGAAGGUAAUAACUUUUUGUGGACAAUAUUUAUUACGUUUUUCUUUAAUAUUAUAAUCAUCAGACCGAAUUGCAAAGGGGUCCUCCUUCCUUUUGUUUGUUUUCUUUUCUUCUUUUUUUUUUUAAAUAACUUAUUUUUCGUAAGUCAUUGUAAAGGGAAGUAUCCUCGGUGGACAAUAUGUUACGGAUUACUAUGUAAGACAUAUACCAUGUACUCGGAGAAAUAACGUUCAGCGAAUUUUGUUGAGAAGAACUUUUUUUUUUUGUUUUGUCUUUAAAGUUAUACACAAGGGAACGAACCACUUCUGUUUUUCCUGCGGUGAUCUUUUUUUAGUUUUGUUUCUGUUAUUCGUUUGCUGUACCUUCCACGUUGUGGUUGGAUUUGCAAACCGAUCUGUUAAUGAAUUG